AUGUAUCGUUAUUUACUCUCUAUAGAAUUUGCUUGCAGACAUGUAAUAAUUCCGAGAACUUUAGUCAAAUUUGUGCCAAAAGAUAGGCUAAUGACGGAGAAUGAAUGGCGUGAUCUCGGUAUUCAGCAGAGUAGAGGUUGGGAAAAUUACAUGGUUCAUGCGCGUGAACUUCACAAUGACUUUCGUAGACGAUUAACUUUUUUUACAAAGUCAGACUCAGGAAGUAGUAGUCGGUUUCUUUGUUUAUCUCUAAAUUUUUAA